CUAAUCUGUCAGGCAAAGCUGAUAAGGCGAUAGCGAACGACCGACGAGGCAGGACGAGAGGAAAACAAUGGCCUAAAUUUAGUCUGAAUCAGUUAAAAGCUCAAAGUUUCGAUUUUAAUUUCCCUCUCCGCUUUUCCGACGAGUUUCCUUCCUGGCGGAGCCUCCCAGUGCAGCUUUCACCCGCAGCCAACGCGGGAACCGUUCCGAGGGACAGAUCGGAUUUAUGAAAUUAUGGGACCUUCUUGGGAUACAAGACUAGCCUGGGCGUCAGGACCAACCUCUUCCAGCAGUCGGUCACAUUGACAGCCAAAAUGUGGCCUCAGGACAAUUCAACAAUGAGUGGCUCUUCCACAUGGAGAGUUCCGAGUGAUCAACUCCCACUUGUUGUUGCUGUCCUCUGUGGAGGCACACUUAUCGUCCUGCUUGUCGCAGCAGCUGUACUAUGGAGGUUCUGCGUAGCACCGCAUCGCAACAAAGAUUACUGCAUGAAAAUGACCGAGAGCCCAUCAUCACAACAAGGUCCUGUCGUUCCUGUUUUGCCAAGGUCUUGGUUCAGCCAUUCAGCAGUAUUCCUCGACCCGAAAAGCGGUCAGUGGUCAGUGAGCUCUCGCAUUGUAGAUAACGGAAUUGGAGGCUCGAGCCAUUGGCUUUACAACAGCCAUUUGCUCAACCCCGCCUCCCUCGAACCUUGCACCUCAGUGCCCAGAUCCGCCAGUGUUCCUACAAGACAGCAGAACGAGAUGAAAAGACCACCUAGGCCCCACAGCCAGCCAUCUUCUAUUUCUCCAGUGCCUAAGCGACUGGCUGUGUCAACAUUGGACGGCCCUUGUUCACUUCCUCAGAUCUCAGAGUUCAACCCUCAUCUCAGCCUAUGUGCCUCAAGUAGCAUUCUAGAAGAAUGUUCCAAUGAGAUUUAUUUGUCUCCGUUUGGAGGGUGCACCAUGUUGAAGACUCAAAGCUUGCCGGCCUGUGUCCGAAGCAAAUCCCGACCUCUUUCAACCGCUGAUGACAUCUCUGAGCUCUACGCUAAAGUCAAUUUCAGUAAAAAGAGGAAAAACAGAAUGAGAAAUGACGAAGCUGCAAUAAUAGCUUUGAGCAAAUCCCGUAGUCAAUUUCUACACAAAGACACCGAUUCGUUAGUCGACAAUGAAGCCGUUGUCGUGUACGAUGAACGGACUGCACUCUGAAUCUUAAAAUUGAAUUAAAUGGCCUACGCUGUGAUCUUCGAACGAACGAAAUGUUAUUUCUCUCCGAAUGAGUUUGUCAAAAAUCUAUUCGCUUGAAUCUCAAUUUUUUUUCAGCUGGUCUUACUUUUGUGAUUUCACUAGGUCUCUUUAUAAAAUAUGAUUUUUUAAAGCCUAUUCGUAACUAGCUCUCACUUCUGCACUUACUUUUCCUUCAUUAACAAAAGGGGAAAAUCACACCAUUAGGACUUGUAGCUAAGUAAGCUAAUUUCAAGUAGGAUUUGCCCUGUUCAGUUUAUUAACUAUUUUCAACAUUCACAUAUCGAAAUCAUCCUAAAAGAAAUCUGUUCGUACAUAUCUAACCAGACUUGAACAAUCAAUCCUUGGAACCGCGAUGUUUACAAUUACAUUAUAACUAUUGAACAUGUAAUAACGAUAUUGACAAUUUUUG